CAACGGCGUUCUGGACAUGAGCCGGAGCUUGGCUGCAUUCGGUCUAGUGCCUCCGGGGGCGCUGGCUCGCGGGGGUAGGUCGCGGGUCUCAAAUUUUGUCACUUCGCCGCGAUGCUGCACGUCGCUGGCGGGGACUCACAGCUCUGCAAUCACCUGGAAUGUCAACUCUCUGCGGGCUUUGAUGAGGAAGAAUCCAAAUGCUUUGCAGGAUCUCGUUGAAGAACAUAACCCAGACAUUUUGUGCCUGCAGGAGACGAAAUUGCAGGAGAUCCACGAGGGGCUGUUCGCAGACGCUCUUCAAGGUUACGAAUCGUCUGUAUUUCAUUCCAGUCGGGCGCGCCUUGGGUACUCGGGAACUGCUGUUUUUGCAAAACGAGAACCCCAGUGCGUACAAUUUAACAUUCGACACGAAGAUGGUGACCUUGAAGGCCGCGUGGUUUGUCUAGAAUACCCUGGUGCGAUUGUAGUAAAUGUCUAUACGAUGAAUGCGGGUCAAAAUUUCAAGCGACUUGAUCAGCGCAUGACGUGGGACUCGGCGUUCCGUCGGUAUGUGCGAAAUUUGCGACGAGAAGGAAAGCCCGUGAUUGUGCUUGGGGACUUGAACGUAGCGAGAGACCCAGUGGAUGUGCAUUCCCCCAAGACUGCGAAGCGGCUUCCCGGUUUCUCGGAUGAGGAGCGGCAAUCUUUUGAGGACACGCUGGAAGUUUGCGGACUAGUUGAUGCGUAUCGGAUGCUUUAUCCAGAUGAGAAGGAGAAGUACACAUUUUGGGACUACAAGUCGAGAGCCAGGGACCGUAAUAUGGGGUGGAGGAUUGAUUACGCUCUUGUGACCGACGACAUGGUUCGCGCUGUGAAGGAUGUUCACAUUCUGGACCAUGUCGAGGGAAGUGACCAUUGCCCUGUGUCUAUUCAGUUCACGCCGGGGUUACUGUGGUGAAAGUACUUUGCAGGCUGGGGGCUCAAAAAAAUGUUCUACUUCUCUGGUCAUCUGAAAGGGUAAAUUUUACGCACUUAGUUUUGCACGAGCCUAGUUCGCGGGCAUUAAACUGUAUAGAAGUUGCUCGCGGAUGCAUCUGGUAUGAA